AAAGAGAAUUGAGAAUAAAAACAAACAACCAGUGACAAGAAGAAGACGAACCGAGACCCCACUCCAGAGGGAGGGCAAGGUGCCUGGCUAUUUGCUGAUUUUAGCCCGUUUCGCUCAUCAUUUCGGCUCGAACUGAUGACGGCCCUGCUGUCGAUCGAUUGGAGCAAAAGCGCGAUAAAGCAAACUUGAUAAUUUCAUUCCGAAACUUCUUGAUUAUUUGCUAUUCCAAAAUGCUGCCUGGCCCCAAGCUCAUUGUGGCCGCCGCGACACACCAGAUCACAGUCCAGCGCUCCACCGUCUGCUCCAACGUUUAUUGCGUUUGAUUUAGCUGAUCGGUGACGUCGUUGCAACUACUCAACUGCUACGGUCGACAGUGAUGUAACGCCCACAUAGACAAAAGAUUGGCUCAUUACCAUUACGUAUCUGCAAAGCUUUCAUAGAGAAGUUUGCUGAUCGUCACCAGGUUGAGAUGUUACUGAAGGAGGAUGUGCAUGCAACUCUUCACGAACUGUGCCGCGAUGUCCUGCGCAGCACCAGGGACGUUUGCCCCGAGCUGGAGCCAAGCUGCGAGAGAAUGUUCUACAAUUGUGUCGAGCUUGAACGUCUCCAGGCCGAAGGCGAGUCCGUGUGCGAUGAGACAAUCGAGCUCACUCAGCGUGAGCUGCAAGCGGAAAUCGCCGAGAUGCGGACUAAGCUGGAAGCUGCUCAGUUGAGUUACGACAUGGCCAAGUGCCAGGUGUCGGAGAUGACGGAGGACUGCAAUCGUCUCAAUCUUCAGCUAUCCACUGCCCAGGCCGACAAUGCCCAACUGCAGGCAAAGAACGAUAGUCUGGAGCAGAUAUGCCAGAGCCAGCACCAGGCCAUUCAAGCCAUGGUGGCAAACUGCAAUGAACUCCAGCAGAAGUUCCAAAAGCUGCAGCAGGAAUACAAGGAUUUGGGACAAACCUCCAAAGCCAACAAAGAUCAGUGCCUGCAGCUGGAGGACAACAAAACGGCACUUCAGGCGGAGAUUGUCACACUCAAAGAGCGCGUGGAGGAGGCGCAGCGCUUGCUCUUGGAAACUAGUAAUGAAAAGGCCCUCGCGGAGCAACUGAAAGCACAAAACGAUGGGCUCAAAACAGAGCUGUCGGAGGUGCAGUCGAGCUUCCAGGAAAUGCAGCGCGAAUAUGACUGCUUGUCCAACGAGCUAAUGGAGAGCGUAGAGGAGUGUGAUAGCUUGCGUAGCGAGUGCAACGCUUUGCGAGAGGAGCUCAAGCAGCGCUCCAUGCCCAGUUAUGACAUCGAGUCCAUGAAGAGCUCUGGCGUCGGCACAGAGUGCAGCGAGGCUGAUCUAGAGUCGGAGACAGAUAGCGGAUUUUUGGAGAAGUUUGCCAAGCUGUCAGAUUCGCUGCACGAGAUCGAGCUGCAGCAUCGCUCGGGCUGCAGUCGCCUCUUCAGGGCUACCAAGAUUCAGGAGCACAAUAUGCCCGGGCUGAAGCUCUGCCUCGAGUCUGAUACAGACAUACGCACCGAGGCGCACACGCUCGAUGACGAUGCAGGCGAUGCCGUGUGCCUGAAGGGCGUGCUGCGACAGCAUAGGUUCCAGAUCAUCAGGUUAACCCAGGAGACGGCACCCGCUCAAGAAGAUGCUGAGAAGCGACUGGUUCACUGCAAUCAAUUGCAGGUGGAAAGAGCAGCGAUGCAAAGAGAUAUUAAGCUACUCACAGAAGCGAAUGCUGCCUUGAAGAAAGAACUGGGUAAUGAUGAAGUCUUGACCAUGAGCAUCGAAGUAAAUGAAAAACUGCGAGAAUCAAUGAACGAAAGAGAGGAGCAGUUCCAGAUCCAGCUGAAUGUUAAAGAAGAAGAGAUUUCCCUCCUAGAGUCGAAGUUAAAAUCGAAGGGUGCUGAAGUUGAAGAAAUAAAGGAGAGAUGUCUAAUAAUGCGACAGGAUAUGGACGAGGCUCGGGAGUCAGAGGCUCAACUCAAGGAAAAGGUAGAAGCUUCUGUGGUCAUCCAGGAUUCGCUAAAGAAAAAAAAUUUGGCUCUGGAUAAAGUAAAUAUAAAGCUUAAGAAAUCGGUGGAUAUUUAUCGUCUUAUAUUAGAAAAAUCAAACGCCUCUGUGAAUUGCAAGGAAGUGCUGCCAGUUGUCCGCCGCACUGUGGAGGAACUACGUCCCGUGCAGGAAGAUACCUCUAGCACUUGGACCGUUCCUGAAAAGAGGGCUAAACCGGCAUGCAUACACCAAGAAUUGCGUAAAAUAAAACGCAGAUGCCUUCACGACUUGCGUCGGAGGAUCGACUGAGCGAAUCA